AUGGCGGCAUCAACUGCCCAGCGAAAUGCAUGGGUCCUGACGGGGCCGCGGCAGUGCCCGCCCCCUAUGGUCCGCCUGCGCCUCGUAUGCUUCCCCAUGGCGGGGUCGGGGGCAUGCAUGUACCACGACUGGGCAUUUCCGAUAUCUCUUGGUGUCGAGGUGCUACCCAUCGAGCUCCCCGGCACCAACUCCCGCCUGAAGGAGCCCAAGGCCACGUGCCUGCGGGCCCUGGCGCAGGACGUGGUGCAGGGCAUUGCCGCCCACCUGCAGCCAGGCCACCCCCCCGUCGUGCUCUGGGGCCACAGCAUGGGCGCCUGGCUGGCGUACGAGGUGGCCCAGCUCCUGUCGGCCCCGGGCUCGAGCCUGCAGCGCCCCCUGCACCUCUUCGCCUCCGGCAAUCGCGCACCCUCCCUGGCGGGCCUGGAGCACAACCCCGACUCCCAUGUUAUGCACCGACUGGAGGCUGCCGAGUUCUGGCGCGUGUACACGCAACGGUACGGGGCCAACCCCGAUCUGGAAAGCAGGGCGCUGCGUGCCUACCUCCUGCCCGGCCUGCAGGCCGACUUCAAGCUCGUAGAGACGUAUACCCCCUCCAGCCUGAGACCGCUGGACUGUGGAGUGAUCGCGCUAGGGGGAAUGAGCGACCCCAGGUACAGCCCUGGCCAGCUCGAGGCCUGGGCGGGUGUAGCACCGCCCUCGCGCUUCAGCGUGCAGUGGUUUGAGGGCGGGCACCUGUUUGUGCGGGAGCAGACGGCGGCAGUCCUGGAGUUUUUGGAGGGCAAGCUGCGGCACCUCUUGCCCGACAGCCGGUGA